CGACCAGAGUCAUUCUUGAACUCAGUUUUCUUGACAGCCUCACCUCUCGACUUCUCCUUCUACACAAUCACGGUUUAACUCACUUCAACCGCAACCAUGGUCGGCCCUGAUAUGGUGGCCCUUCGGGCUGAUGACACAAGAGUCGAGGGACAGGAUCCCCUCAUCCCUCCUGCUCUUCUCAUUUCCGAGAUUCCCAUGACGGAUGCCGCUCUCGAGACUGUUGUUAAGGGCAGGAAGGAGGCCGUAGGUGUCAUCAUGGGCAAAGAUGACCGUCUCCUUGUCGUUGUUGGCCCCUGCUCCCUUCACGAUCCUGCCACAGCUCUCGAGUACUGCAGCAGGCUCAAGGCUCUUUCCGAGAAGCUGAAGGACGACCUCGUUAUUGUGAUGAGAGCCUACCUCGAGAAGCCUCGCACGACCGUCGGCUGGAAGGGUCUCAUCAACGAUCCCGAUAUCGACUCUUCUUUCAAGAUCAACAAGGGUCUUCGUAUCUCCAGACAGCUUUUCUGCGAUUUGACCUCUGCCGGUAUGCCUAUUGCUUCGGAGAUGUUGGACACCAUCUCCCCUCAGUUCCUUGCCGACUUCAUCUCUGUCGGUGCUAUCGGCGCCCGUACUACCGAAAGCCAGCUUCACCGCGAGCUUGCCUCUGGUCUCUCUUUCCCUGUCGGUUUCAAGAACGGAACCGACGGAAACCUCGGUGUUGCUAUUGAUGCCAUUGGCGCUGCCGCGGCUAAACACCACUUCAUGGGCGUUACCAAGCAGGGCUUGGCCGCUAUCACCCGCACCAAGGGCAACGAGCACGGUUUCGUUAUCCUUCGCGGUGGCACCAAGGGCCCCAACUACGACAAGGAGAACGUUCAGGCUGCGAAGGAGACUCUCAUCAAGAAGGGCCAGAAGCUCGCUAUCAUGGUCGACUGCUCUCACGGCAACUCCAACAAGGACCACCGCAACCAGCCCAAGGUUGCCAAGGUUGUUGCCGACCAGAUCCGCGAGGGCGAGAAGGCCAUCAUUGGUGUCAUGAUCGAGUCCAACAUCAACGAGGGCAACCAGAAGGUUCCCGCUGAGGGUCCCUCGGCGCUCAAGAAGGGCGUCAGCAUCACCGAUGCCUGCAUUGACUGGGAGUCCACUGUCUCGACCCUCGAGGAGCUCGCUGAGGCGGUUCGCGAGCGUCGUGAGGUGAACGGUGGCCUCGCCAGCGGUGUGGCUACCCCCAAGCCCAACCCUCUUGAGGAGGACUAGAGGUUUUCUUCCGAAGAGAGUGAUGAAACUGGGGUUAGAGAGGCAGUAUUGCAGGGAGAGCUGUACCAAGAGACUGUGCAGUGGAUACCGCAUGUGAUGCAGCCUGAUGAUAUCGAGGAGCUGCCCCAUCCGUGCGAACAGUUCUGAAGGCAUUCAAAAGGAAAACGGGUCAUUAAAAGUUCUUGCUUGUAGUUUCACAUAUGGCGGGGAACCAAAAACAGACACGACCAUGGAGUCAGCGGCGAGCAGUAGGAAUAGCAUUAAUGCCUACUAAGACCUUCGAGAAGCAUACAUAUUGAUACCCGUAUAUCU